UGGGGUGGGGGCGUUGCCACGCCCCCCAGUAUGAGCCAAGGUAUAUAUAAGACGCUCCCACCGCUCAUGCGGCAUCCAUGAACAAGCGCUCCAUGGGCGGGGAAGUCUCUGUUGGUUUUUACACUGCUAAUUUGUUAUUUUACUUUUGUUUCGUCCGAUUUGAGUGGUUUGCAUGGCUUUGACCGAUAUAGCGAUGCCCAGCACCACUGCAUCGUGUUUCCAGUCGACGGGUCCUUUUCCCAACCGAUGUCAAGAUGAACGUGGAAGAGGGAGCGCACCAGACAUCCAAGUGGAGUUCAGCAUGUUCAAACCUCCGGCUUUGUCCUCCAAGGACGACGACGAGCUGGGCAAAUUCUUGGACCUCGAGUUCAUCUUAUCGAACACUCUCAGUUCGGACGUUGUGGGAGACAGUGUCGACGGCAUUGCGGACACGCCUCAGCCGUGCGCCUACGCGCUACCGGAGUCCCCGGAGAGCUGCAGCGGUAGUUCGGAGUGCGUCGAUCGGCCAUCCCCACAGCAGCUCCACAACUACAACGGCGCGGUCCGCUUCACCGAACCCAACUCCUUGCGUAGCCUCAUGGCGGAACUUCUCGCCCCUGACGACAACUAUCCGCGGGAGAGGUCGCCUGCGUGCGCAGACAACGCGGCGAGAGAUAGCAGAGAGUACACGGAGCUGGGCGCGCUCAACCCGGUUACGCAUCACUACCAGCCAUCAUCGCUUGGAUACAAAAUUAAAAUAGAGCCCAGUGCGCAAUCGUGUAUGUUGGCCGGUGGGGACUAUAUGGGGCAUGCUUCUUUCAUGCAUCAGCAGAAUCUGACUCCAGGUACCGGUUUCGGUCCACACGCCAUGCAGCAAGAAACGCCAGGGCGCACAGACUGUCAUUUAGUGCAGCUCGGCUUCACUACUCAUCACCUCCCAAACAACUACGCGAGCAGUUACCAUUACGCACAACACAUGUCCACGCGCUUCCAAGGGCAGUAUAGCAUGCACGCAGAGACCGCGCACAUCCAUCACCAUCAAAGGCAGCAUGCAGCUUCUGCGCAAGGCGUCUUGCUCACUCCACCGUCCUCACCGUCGCUGAUGGACUUCUACGGGCCAGACGAAGCGGUCGGACUCAAGCAGAAGAGAGGACGCAGAUCGUGGGCUCGAAAGCGCGCUGCCACGCACAGCUGCGAAUUCCCGGGAUGUGGGAAAACAUACACAAAGAGCUCGCACCUCAAAGCGCACAUGAGGACUCAUACAGGUGAAAAACCCUACCACUGCAACUGGGAAGGCUGCGGAUGGAAGUUUGCCAGGUCGGAUGAGUUGACGCGCCACUUUCGCAAGCACACUGGACACAGGCCGUUCCAAUGUCACCUCUGCGAGAGGGCCUUCUCACGCUCCGACCACCUGGCGCUCCACAUGAAAAGGCACAUGUAGACCUUGAUGGCCUCUUCUCCAUUGUAAGCCUUUGUGCGCACCUGCGCAUAUACUCAGUUAAGUUAUGACCACUUCAGCGUGUCUUGGAAAUAAGUUAUUGACUGUUAAUAUGUGAGUGCCUUAAAAAGACUUCCAAAAGACAACUGCACAUUGGGCAGGACCCAGAAUGCUGCACCUUUGUGUACUUUUUUGCAUUUUUAAAUGUUUUAAUGUUUACAGUCCUGUCUUUGAUACUGCUCGAGUUUUACAUUUUGCUAUAUACUUUUUUCUUUUUUUACUUCGAAAGUUAUUGUAAAUCAAGCCUAAUUCCAUUGUGAAUGUGUGAUUUAGGUUUCAGAUGGCAUGUGAUGUGGAAUCAGUUAAGACUGCAAGGUCAUCUAUUUUUUAAAUGAAAUUAUAUAUAGUUUUUUAAAAUGAAGAAAUGGAUUCAAUUGCUCUAUGAUAAACUAUCUGACUCGCCAAGAAGGAAUUUUGUAUGCUUCAGGGCUCUAAAAUAAAACCUACUUCAAGAAAUAUAAUUUCCGCGCUAUUGCCCUUGUAUGCAAUACCCACAAGGUAUUAUUUUACGUAAUAAUUGUUAAAUUGAUAGCCUACAUACAAUAUUCUACCACGUUCACUACUUUUCCAAGACUGCCCUCUGGUGGUCAGUGCUAUAAAGGCAGGAACACGAGUGGUUAGUUGUCACUGGCAGUUUGUACUAAACUGCACUCUUAAAACCUCUGAGCCAAAACCAACACAAUUUGAAUUAAAA